CGCACACACAUUCCCCCGCUCUGCACCGCCGCGUGCACUGCACCCACGAGGCAGCUCACGCCGUGCUGACCCAUCACGCAGGCUGUGCGAUCAGGCUCUGGCGGCGGCGAGGACAAGCAGCCUGCGCAGGAGUCGCGCGUUCCCACGCAGCCCGCGCGCACGGCUCUCGCCUCGUCCUCGCUGCGAAGCUCGGGCUCCCCUUGGCGCUGCUCCGCCAUCCCGACGCCGGCCUGCUCCGCCUCCGGCCUGCUCCAUCCACCGGUCCACUUCAUCCGUCGGCCACCGCGCCACUCAGCUUCUGCAUUACCAGCUACCGCACACACACGUCGCCUUGGCCCGCUCUGGCCCCGGCCUGCGCCAUGUCGAGCUCGCGCAGCUUCUUCGCGCCGCCGGCCGCUGCGCCCGCCGACCGCGAGCCGUUCCUGCCGCCGGGCGACGGCGAGCCUGCGCCGCGGGGCACACCGGCAGCCGCAUCAAGUGCCGCGCUGGCCCGCGCAAGCGCGCUGCCGCCGAUCCUCAGCUACUGCUCGGCCAGCAUCCUCAUGACGGUGGUGAACAAGUACGUGCUCUCGGCACACUUCUCGCUCAACAUGCUCGUGCUGCUCGUGCAGUCGCUCGUCGGCGUGCUCCUCGUGCGCGCCGCACGCUCGUCGGGCGCGAUCCAGAUCCGCGACUUUAGCUGGCAGGACGCGCGGGCCUGGCUGCCCAUCUCGACGCUGCUCGUCUUCGUCAUCUGGACGGGCAGCAAGGCGCUGCAAUUCCUGAGCAUUCCCGUCUACACCAUCUUCAAGAACCUCACCAUCAUUCUCAUCGCCUACGGCGAGGUGUUCCUCUUCCAGGCGCGCCUCACACGCAUCAUCAUGCUCUCCUUUGUGCUCAUGGUCGUGUCGUCGCUCAUCGCGGCGUCGUCGGACAUCUCGCACGUGCUCGAGAUCGCCAACCUGCGCAUGCCGCACGCGCCCGACUCUCUCAACGCCAUCACGCAGGACCCAAUCUCGGGCAUCGACGUCGGCGUCGCCGACCCGCUGGCGGCGGAGAAGGCGCGCAUCGCCGAGCUCGCUGGGCAGGGCAACGCGCAGGCCGUGCUCGACGGGCUGGGCGGCUGGGGCGUGCUGAACAGCGGCUACGUGUGGAUGGCGCUGAACUGCGCCUUCAGCGCGGCAUACGUCCUGAUCAUGCGCAAGCGCAUCAAGGUCACCGGCUUCAAGGACUGGGACACGAUGUUCUACAACAACCUGCUCUCCGUGCCGGUGCUGAUCCUCAUGAGUCUGCUCGUCGAGGACUGGAGCUCCGAGAACUUUUCGCGCAACUUCCCGCCGGAGACACGGCAUUCGCUCUUCGCAGCCAUCAUCUUCUCGGGCGCGUGUGCCGUCUUCAUCUCGUACACGACGGCGUGGUGCAUCCGCGCCACGUCGUCGACGACAUACUCGAUGGUCGGCGCGCUCAACAAGCUGCCGCUGGCGCUCAGCGGCAUGGUCUUCUUCCACGACCCGGCGACGCUGGGCAGCACGAGCGCCAUCGGCGUCGGCUUCAUCGCCGGCCUUGUCUACGCAUACGGCAAGAACCGGCAGGCAGAGGCCGGCCGCCUCGCCGCGGCCGCCAACGAGUCCGGCCUGCCGCCAGAGGACGCCGCGGCCGACGUGCUGCCGCUGCAUCGCCGGAAAGACACGGGGCCCGAUGCCAAGGGCCGCAUCGAGUAGCUGCCGUGCGUAAUCUAUAGACGUCGGCGCUGGCUCGCCGCAGCACAACCGACGCGACGUGUGGCAUCUAUGUGUGUAUUGGUGACUCGCGCGGCGGCCGCUCCCUCUAUGGCUGGCUGGUGCCGACCUUGCCGAUCUCGAUGCGGUUGAGACUGCGCGGAGAAGAGUCAGCGAUACGUUUGCGGGGCUGCUGCGCUCGACUCACUCCGAGACGAAGCUGCAACAGGGGCACAAGAGACCUAUGUCAGCACAGCGCAUAUCCUAUCGCUCCGCAACGCUACGCACGACAUGCCCC